UAUUUGGACUGUGGCGAUAUUACCAGUGGUUCCUGAAAAUUGUAUGUUUGAAUCGUCUAUAUCUCGGGAAGGAUGGGCAAACCAACGAAUGGCUGUUACGUGGCCCAGGAGAUGCUCAUGUCCUGUCAUUUUCCGAAUCUUGAAUUUUCCACUGAGGACUUGUUUCGAGAGUCCUCAGCAUGCUCCAUAUUAUGGGUUUACUCCUGGACUAAAGAUGUGGACCGUUGACCAACAUGGCUAUUUCAGAUGGCAGACCAGCAGGUGAUCACGAUUAUCCAACCCUACAAUCUCACGCUGCGUGUUACGGAAUUCGAUGUUGAUGGCAGUACCGGUCUAAAACGACAGUUCUAGGUGUGGACCGUUCCACCGCCGCAUCUGCAUCCCCGGUUCUUAACGAAGCGAUAACCCCCGGAUGCCGGGCCUUAAUUUGCAGCACCAAUGUCGAAAUGUCCGCCUCUUUACUCCGACUACUUGAAAAACAUUACUGAGUGAAGCCAUUCGCAAGCCCUGCAGAUUGGGACAGAGUCGCUUUGUGCUUGUAUGUGAAUAUAUCAUCGACGAUAGCUUCAAUACAUAUCUCUGCAGAAAAGAAGCAAUAACAGGGCCAUGGCAGGGCUCAUUACCGAGAUGACUUCUCUGAUCACAGGCAGCGAUGCAGACGGGAUUGAGGAUCAAAGACCAUGCGAUAACACCGACUUGACACGCUGGGUUGUGCGAGACAAUGAGCUUAUCUGUUUGGAGCCAAGGAAAGAAGCGAUAGAUAAUGAUAUCCAGGACCUUGAUACUACGGAUCUGGCUUCGUUACUUCCACAGAACCCUUACAACAGUUCGCAGGAAGGAUAUCACUGCAGAUAGUACCAUGGAGAUCUUGAAAGCAAGCCCUACCAUGUAUUUUAAGUCCACGUUACUAUCAGAUUGGUUCUCCCAGUGUUUUGCUGCACAGAUGGUUGGCAAGCUUACGCAUGGUCUCUUCAGUCGAGAGGUGACUAUAUAGAUGAUUUCCGCGG